AUGAGCACCCGGGGCUCGCGGGAUAGGCAGCCCACGGACAACGCUUCCACCUGCGGCCACGGCAGCGGCGAGCGCGAGCGCAUCCGGGGGCGUAUGAAGACGGUGAUCGGGCAGCUGGAAGGCAUCCUGCAGGAGCUCAAGGAGGUGGCCAAGGAGCUCCGCGAAGUGGUAAGCCAGAUCGACAAGCUGACGUCCGACUUCGAGUUCGAGCUGGAGCCGGACGACUGGACAACGGCCACCGUGAGCAGCACGUCCAGCAGCGACAAAGGAGGCGGCGUGUUUGACCUCGGCCACCUGGACUUGAUGAGCAUGGACAUCCUCUCCGACAGCUGGGAGUUCUGCUCCUUCCUGGAGGCUUCCACCCCGUCUGACUCCGGCGACGGCUCCGAGCAGCCGGGGCGUCAGCCCGACUACCGGCUGAUGAACGGCGGGGUCCCGGUCCCCAACGGGCCCCGGGUGGGCACGCCGGACUCUUCCAGCGAGGAGGCCUUUGGCGCUGCCCCGCGCCACAAAGCGCAACACCAGAGGACGCCGGGCGCCAGGGAGCGGGUCCGUUUCAGUGACAAGGUCCUCUACCACGCGCUAUGCUGCGACGACGACGACGAGGAGGAGGAGGGCGCGGACGGGGGCCCGCCUCCCGAGGACCCCCCCGAGGAGCCCGCUGAGGGGGCCCACAAGGCCGCGGCCCUCGCCAAGGUGGCGCCCCGGCGGCCUCCGCACCUCAGCGGCGCCCAGCAGCGGAAGCUGAUGCGGAACAGCAGCACACAGACCGUGUCGGACAAAAGCACGCAGACCGUGCUGCCGUACGUUUCCGGCGAGCAGAAGGCCAGAAGCAAGAACUGA